UAAUAAACAUUCUUCCUUGAUUUUGAUGCUACUGGUGGUUGUUGGUGACACUCAUCAUCAUCAUCUUCAUCAUCGAACUAUACUCAAAGAAAGAACUUCCAAAAAGUAUUAAUUCAUUAGUAUUUGUCGUCAUUUAUGCCGUCGUCUACCUCUGCUGCUGAAAAAAAAGAACAGAAAGCCAAAAUAUUUGUGUCGAAAUUGAAAAUCUGAAUAUCCAUAUUUUUUUGUAAUCUCAUUUUUAAUAAUAUCAUAGCAUAAAAUUGCAUACAAACAUAUUAGCCGGUUCACCAUUUUGACAGAAGACUUGGUGUGAUAGAUCCCAAUCAAUCAAAAACGUUUGAAUGAUGCGUUUCUACAGUGUGUAUAUAAAAUAUAUAAGCCUUUUGUUUUGAAUUGAAUGGUCUUCCUUCCUUUCAUUAAUGCUAAUUAUAAUUCACCAAAAUUAUCAAGGAUAUUUCAUUUUAAAUCGACAAUGAAAAUGACCGAACGAUUUGGAUCAUCAUCUACCGAUAGUGGGAGCACUAAUAAUAAUAAUAAUAAUAAUAAUUCGAAUGUUAAUAAUUCUUCCGCUGAUUGUACCGUAAAGCAUAAAAAACAUAAAAAUUCAUCAAAAUCUUCAUCCAUUACAUCCAUGAUUGUUGAUAAUAAUAAUUCUGUAUUUAUUGACAAUUCUUUGAAUAUGGAAUCAUCAGCAACUGCAAAUGGUCAAUUACCGAUGGAAAUAGCAUCAUCAUCAUCGUUAUCAACUAAGCCGUUGAAAAUUGUGUUAAAAGUUGGCCACUCUGGUUCAUAUUCACCUGCAUCAUCAAAUGCAACGACAUCUUUUCUUAAUAAUAAUAUCAAUAAAAAUAAUGCUGAUGAUGAUCAUGAUGCAAGAAUAUCUUCCGGUGACAGUUCUUCAUUAACAUUGACUCCACCAGAACUGUUACCAUUGAAUAGUGAUGCAUUUCAUCAUAAUGUUGAUUUCCAACAGAUUGAUAGAAUUAAUAGUAAUAAUCGAAAAGCAAAAAAGAAAAAAAAGAAACAUCAUCAUCACCAUCACCAUCAUCACCACCAUCAGAAUUUAUCAUUAUCCACAUCAAAUCAUGUUAUUAAUGAUCAUCCAUCGCAAACAAAUUCAAUUGACCAAAGUAAAGAAUUCAGCACCACUUCUAAAAUGAAUGAUAUUGUCACUGUAAAAAAUGUAAAUAAUAAAACAAUGCACAUCACCGAUUCAUCGGCAACACAAUCUUCAUUAUUAUCUAAUAGCAUUAUCAAGAAUUCUCUCAAUAUUAUUGAUCAAACUAAUAAUGACAGUAAUUGCAUGGAAAUCGAUGGACAUUCCAUAUCGAUCAAGGGAGAUCCAUAUCCAGAGCAAAUCAACAAAACUCUAUCCUCUUCUAUUCGACAACAGGAUUCAGUUGAAAUGAUCGAUGAUGUUGAUGAUGAAGAUGUUGAUGUCAUAAUGUCAAUGAAUCAAGAUUCUAUAUUUUCAUCGGUUGAUUUGAUUGAUGUAGAUUCAUGUUCAAAAUUAGAUAUUUCUGCUCUUGUGCCGGAUGGCGAUGAAAUGAUUGGCGAACUUAAUAAUGGUCAAACGAUAAGUGGUCAAGAAGAAGACUCUCGACAAUCACUGAAUUCUUCAUUAUCUUUGUCUGUUGAUGUAAAAUCACUCGAAAAUAAAGAUGUGCAUAGGUCACAUACAAAGUUAAAACCAACAUUUUCGGUUUAUCGGCAAUUAUUACAAAAAGGUCAUGUUCGUUGUGAUUCCAAUAAUCUGUAUGAGCAUCUAAGAAGGUGUGAAAAAAUGAAAACUUCACUAUCUAAAUUUCGAAAAUCAGCAACCUCUUCGAAUCAAAUUGUAUUUCAAAAUUUUCUUUUAUCGCUAUUAAAACGUCUAGAAAUGAAAGAUCCACAAAAAUUAUUUGCUUGGCCUGUAAUCGAUUCAUUAACGCCUGGAUAUUCACAAGUGGUAAAACAUCCUAUGGAUUUCAACACGAUUCGCAAAAAGAUUGAGCACAAUAUUUAUCAGUCGGUAGCCGAAUUAAAAUAUGAUGUGAGAUUAUUAUGCGAAAAUGCCAUUCGUUAUUACCGUCAUUCAGGAAUGCAUUACUGUGAAGCAUCUCGUUUAUGGUAUUUCGCCAAAACUCGAAUAUUUGCACGUGAUCAAUUAGCUGAACAUUUAAAACAAUUUCCUCCAUUGACCAUUUCAGAUUUAGGCAUGGAUAAUGCUAAAUUUUCAAAUAUAAUGAAUGGAACAAGUAUACCUGCAACAUCAAACACUCCCAUCAUGACGAAUGGUGUUUUAUCGACGCCAGUAAAAUCUUCAAAAACUUUAUCUUUACAAUCAUUAUUAAAUGAUGCAAAAUGUGAACCUUCAAUUGUUAACUACAGAAAUGGAUUCGAUUAUUGUUUUGAUGAAAAACUUGUUGAAGAGCCAACGCCCCAACAAAUUUUAGAGCAACACCAACAUAGACUUCAGCAGUUGCAAACCUCAUCUUCUUCGACCACAACAGUGGAAAUUCCAGCAUUGACCCUUUCUCGCCCACAAAAUACUAAUAACAUUUCUAUCUGUCGUCAAACAGAAGAUGGUACGACGACGUUACCUUUCAUAGUUAAUGAUUAUGGUUGCGAUGAUCUUGAUAAUCAAAUAACCUUAGGCCAUUUAGCUGGUGCUCGCCUAAAUGAAGGGACGACAUCUUUGCCUAGUUAUCAAGAGCCUGAAACGGAACGUAUUCAUCCAUAUGACUAUUUAGAAGAAUCCUUAAAAAAUCCAUUCGGUAGUCAUCUUCCUUAUAUGAAUUCUGGUCCAUCCACGAUAACUCAUAAUGAUACAUUAUUAUUAUUUAAUACAUUUGAAAAAUUCGAACCAACUAGGCAUUGUGAAGAGAUAGAACGCGUUGCUAAUGAUGGUUCAUAUUUAACGAAAUCUUAUGUUGAUUCAUUAUUAUCUAUUGUUUCGAAUGGCGAGUAUCGACCAUCUAGCACAACACCAUCAGCCACAGAAACGAAUGCUGAUGCUUCAAAUAGCGAAAAAUUCGAUAUUGAUAAUAAUGAUAAGAAUUUAUCCGAAAAACAGAAUCUUAAAGAAACCACUGAAGAAGAUAAGAUACAACAACGAUUAAAAGAAACGAAAAAUCUUUUACAGAAUUUAGAAGAAAUACAACAUAAACGUUUAAGACAUACGACUGAACCAUUAGAACCCUCAUCCAUUGAAAUGGAUGUUGCCGAAAAAGUUACAAUCGGUUUAGUCGAUAUCAUUAAACGAUGGUUUCAUCCACAGGAUAUUGUUGAUUCGAGGACCAUUCAUCAAAAUUUAGGAAUCGAAUUCAAUUAUGCUGAUACUGAUGUUCGAACGGAUCAACAAUCAACGGACUGAUCAAUUUAGGCAAUUAUAAAUGAAAUCAUUAUCUCAAAAUCAUAUCAAAAUUUUGUUCAAUCCAUCCUGUUCAUUCGAUUGAUCCAUCUUUUGUAUAAAUGGCCAUCCUUUUACCUGUUUAUUAAUCAUACUAUCAUUCAAGUAAAAAUUUUCAUCACCAUCCUCAUUACGACCAAAUACAAUCAAUGAUGUAUUUUUUUCCCACCCUCACAAAGUUUCCGAGUUUCAAACUAAUUAAUUUUUAAUGAAUGCAUACCCACUUUUUAUUUUUUAUUUUUU